AUGCCGUAUCAUAUUGACAAUUUUGAUGCUGAGGAGACCGAAGAUCCUGUACUCAUCACGAUCUUCACAAUAGUCAACGAACGCGCUUCUACCAACAUCGGCGACAUUGUUCGCAUCAACUUCCAGAAAAUCCUCCUUCUCACACACAUCAGACACGACAACAAGGAGAUUAACGAUAUCGCCGACUGGCUUAGCAACUUGAACCUUGGAGGACCUGCCCUCUACCGCCUACAGUCUUCUCCCAGCUCAGGUUCGGAGUCGCAAAGCUCACAGGAGUCCACCACAGCCUUCUACGACCUAGACCUCGAUGGCAUGGCUAAGGCGGCUCAUGACUGUAGGACUGCAAUCGCACAGAUUAGAGGAAGUGAUAACAAUGCCAGCAGGUCUGCCUGCGACCUUAUGAUUCAAAUCAUGGCUGAGAAGGAGUACCAGCCUCCCCCUUUCAUGGGCUCUUACCCUAACCUGGACUCGAUCUGCUACCUCUUCUAUGCCGUUCUCUCCGACUGCCACUACCUCCCUCACGAUAACCCUGUCUCAUCUCCUUGUGCCUCGACCGAGUUCCAGGUUGAAGUGGUAACUUACCUGCGUCUCUGCGGUGGUCAGCCAGCCACGACUGACCAACGUACCCUACUUAUUGACGCAUCUUUGCAGAAGCUCAUCGAAGAGGUCAGCGACGUGCAAGUUGACAUCGACCUGGCGGGCUCCGAGCGCGUCGGCAACGUCACUGACCUUGACGAUGACGAUUGGUACUUCCAGCACGCCGCCCACAGAGAAGCUCUCCUGAUGAUUCUCCAGAGUUGGAAGCCAGUUUGUGUCGAACUACUACAUGAGAUCAAAUCACAUGCUCCAAGCGACAAAUGCUUUAUCAUGAACAAGAAGCAACUCAACAUCUCCGCCAGCAUCAACGCAAAGCAGGCCUACCUUUAUGCAAACACUGAAUUCGGUACUUGGACCUGGGUGUUGUGGAGGAGCACCGCUGUCGAAUCAGCUUCACCAGUUCCCUUUGUUCCUUCCUGGUUCGUGCCUGCCUUCGGCAUCGACGGUGACAAGUUCAAAAAGCCCUCGAAACGCGACCUUACAGCAACUCAGCAGGUAGAACAACGCAAGAGGAGGGAAGAGGCCGAGAACAAGCUGAAGGAGAAGGAGGCCAAGAGGAAGUAUGAGCAGAGAGGCAUGGAAAUGCGCACUAGAGCCCUGAAACAGUGA